AUGAGAGUUGUUACAAGUGUUGAUUGCAUUUUAAGUAGUUCAUCAACAUCACAAUCGAAACAUAAAUAUUUCAUGUUUCUGCAAUAUUUGCCAAUCGAAAACAUAAAAUUUUAUGGAGAAAGCGUUAGCUCAUUAGCAGAAGUGCUUGUAAUCGCUUUGCAAAUGAUGCUAAAUUAUAUCACAAGAAGAUCAAGACGUAAAAAGACGAAAGAAACGAUAUUUAGCACUAGAGCAAGGUUCAUCAAUCUCAAGACCUUGAACUCUUUAGAAGGUUUUCUUUAUGUCUUAGAUCACAACAUUAGCUUUCUGAAUUUAGUUUCAAUUUAUUAUAAAAGUUUUCGUUUAAAAUAUCAAAAGAAAUCCAAGAACAGGAAAACUUAA